AUCUAAUGCCCGAUGAGGGACGGAGGUGAAGGGAUUGUUCAGUAUCAACACAGGAAGAAGCCACGAGGGAGAUAGCGGCUGUGGAACAUCUGAUUUUCUAACAAAUAAUCUGCAUUCAGUGACUGUGACAAACAUACACACCGGCAUAAAAAUCAGAAUGGAUGCACCCGGGGCUGCGUUGGCCCUCUGUCUGUGCUGCAUUUUGAGUGGGAAUGUGUUUAGUUAUGAAUAUGGAGAGGAGUAUCAAGAUUCCUAUUAUAACUCAAUCUCUAUUGGUGAGCCAAGACCCAGCCAAACCCCCUGUCAAUCACAGGACCUCACACGCUGGAAUAACCUGUUUACCAUGCUGGAAAACUCUGAGAUGAAAGACAACAUGCUCCUGCAACAUACUGAAGAUAUGGCGGGGCAUGUGGACGUCAUCCGGAAAGAGCUCAAGCACAUUUCCAACAACAAAGCAUGCGUCCAAGCCAUAGAGAACACCUGCAAAUGUAUAAACGAGCAGAUGAACCGCAAGCUGGAGCAAGCCGUGAAGCACCUCAGAGAGGUCGCAGAUAAGUAUCAAGCCCAAAACAGUGACAAACUGGAGCAGCUCAUCCAAUUCGCCAGGAACCAAGCCACCCGCUUCACCAAACUUGAGAGCAGAGCAGGUUUGGGUCAGGUGGACAUGAAAGCUUUCCCCGCGUACCCAAAAGAGCAAGAGUCAAGCGGUACGGAUGGAGGGAAGCUCGAGAGAACCCUUCAAAUGAUACAUAUGCAGUUGGCUCAUUCCCAAAGAGCAAACGCACACCGCUCUCUCCCCUCAGGCUGCGAAAUGGCAAUUUUAUUUCCAAUGCGUUCCAAACACAUCUUUGCAGAGGUGACACCAUCCACAUCAUUCUCACAGUCACUCACAAUCUGCCUGUGGGCAAAGGUGACCCAAGCACUGAACAGAACUGUGCUCUUCUCUUACGGCACUAAGAAAAUCCCACAAGAGCUCCAGCUUCUCAUAGCAAAGCGUUCUUUGAUGCUCACGGUGGGCGGUGAGACCCAUCUAGUGGAAGCUGAUGGGAUAGUAACAGAUGGGCAGUGGGUACACGUGUGUGCCGCAUGGAGCUCAGAACAGGGACUGGCUUCUUUGUGGAUGAACGGAGAGAAAGUGGCCAGCGUCCCUGGCAUAGCCGAGGGCCACGUUUUGCCCGGAGAUGGACUCAUCCUGCUCGGACAGGAGCACAGCCGGUCGGGGAGUUAUAAAGAUUUGGACUCAUCGGUUGCUUUCACCGGAAAGAUGACAGGGGUGAACGUGUGGGACCAUGUGCUGGAGCCAGAAAGGAUUAAAGAGCAGGCCAAUCCGGAGGGAUCAUGUGAUACUCGUGGGAAUGUGAUCGGAUGGGGCGUGUCAGAGAUCAUUCCACAUGGAGGAGCUCAAUAUGUCAACUGAUACCGAACUCUAUAUUCUCAUAACUCAAUUCUGUACAUUAAGUUGUUUUAUAUUGUAUGUUAUCAAUGUUUUUGUAUUGACCUCACUAUUUUAUAAUACUGCGUUGGAGAUGCGUAUUCCAAACAGAGGGAGCUGAUAUCAAAACUUAAAACAGUGGACACAAAACUCAUUUUAAUAGAAUGUUUUAUAUUGCAACAAUUGCAUUGACACGCCACAAAAUUUUGUUGAAAGUGUCGAAAGCUAAUAAAUGUUAGUGGUUUGGGUCACUUAGCCUUAUUAAUGAGCUACAAAUAGCAGAACAGCUUUUCUGUUGUCCCAAAACAUACAUUUGAAUGAUUUGAGGUGGGGCGAGUCUGGACUGAUCCGUGUCGGACAUGACUGUUUACAUUGUUCACCAGUAAUUUGAAACAGAUUUUUCCUCUCGUGUUGUUUAGCAGGGGUUGACAAUGUUCGUUUGGCUUUUUGCUGCAUAUGUGUUGCUGGAAUUUGACUGUAUUGCCAGUUCCUCCAGUCUGACCACAAACAGAUCAAAAUAACCUCGAGCAAGGCGUGUGCUUAAAAGUCCCAGCUACUCAAACAUGAAAUAACACAUCAAAUGGAUUUCAAAACAACCAUUCAGCAAACGGUUCUCUGAUACUUUUUUUUAUUAUCUGAACUGAAGAACCUUUUUUCGGAUGUUAAAGGUUCUUUAUAGAACCAAAAGAUCCUUCUAUGGCAGUGGUUCUCUUUUUGUUGUAAGGCCCCCUUUGAGUAGAGUGCAUUGCUUUGCGGCCCCCCAAAUAAAGACUUAAAAUCUCACAUUUGUAUUAAACCAAGAAAAUAUUCAGUUAAACAAUGCUAAAACAUCAAUUCUUUUGGUAGGGGGCGUUGUCUUUUAGAUGUUUGAAUGCACAAAAUUUAUGGUAAAUAUCCAUAUUUCUAAAAUGCCACAAAAUCUGUGGCCUCCCUGGAACCACAUUGGCCCCCCCAGGAGGCCACCGCCCCCAGUUUGAGAACCGCUGUUCAAUGGCAUCGAAGAACCUUCUGAAGCACCUUUUUGUAAGAGUGUAUAACGUCACUGUAUAUAACAUACACCACCA